CAACGCUCUUGCUCCGUUUGUGCACCGCUCCUUCUGCAAUCGCGGACUUAAUUUCCCCCCACGCUGCGAUUGGAAAAUCAUCGAUUGCGCCUCCAGAAAGGCUGUUCAACCACCACCACCACCACCACCACCACCAUGGCUUCUGCCGUAGCUGUCGAUGCGUCGUCCUCAGCGCCCCGCCUGCCGGACGACCUGUCCGAUGACGAAGAAAUCACUGGCAAGGUUGGUCCAAUCGACAGCGAUGAGGAUGGCACUCCCCGGGACACCGUAGAAGAGAACGGCCUGGAGGAUGAAGAGGAGGAUGAUCUCUUUGGCGACGGCGCCGACGAGGACGAGGACGAGCAGCCAAGGAUGCGCAAGCUGGACGACGAAGACCUUGAUUCAGGUGACGAUGAAGGCCGAGCAGACCGCGCCCAUGGCGACAGCGGCGCCCAAGACAUCGAGGAAGAGCAGCAGACAUUCAAUUUCAUGGACGCCGACAUUGCGCGGCACUGUGUGCCCGAACCCAGCGACGGCGAACUCUACCUUAUGAGGAUCCCGCGCUUCCUGGCCAUUGAGCCCACAGCCUGGAACCCGAAGAAUUUCCAACCUCCCACGACCGACCACCACUCCAAAGGCGCGCCAUCUGAGCACUUCUCCGCCUACAAAACCGCCAUGACGACAAUCCGCUGGCGUCGCUCACCCUCCAACCCCGACCAACUCCAAUCCAACGCCCGCAUCCUACGCUGGUCCGACGGCUCGCUCACCAUCCAACUCGCUACCGAGCCUUCUGAGCAUUACAACAUCAACGCAAACCCACUCGCUCCUCCGCAAAUCAACCCCAAGAAACCCACCCCGACUAUGGUCUCCCAGCCGACAAAGGCCGGGAGCAAAGAGAGCUACACCUACCUCGCCGCGCCCUACGAAGAAGCAAACGUCAUGCGCAUCACGAACAAAAUCACAACCGGCCUGUCCGUUGUGCCCACCGACGCCUCCGCAGACGGCGCCCUCGAACAGCUCCAAAGUGCACUCGCGGCGGCAGCGAGUCGAGGCCGAGACGAGGCCGACAACGCGAUCUCUCUAAUCAAAGUCACCGAGGACCCAGAACUGCUGCGUGCGAAGGAGGAGGCCAUGUACAAAGAGAAGCAGCGACAACUGCGUGCAAAGGAAAAGCACGAGCUCCGGGAACGCGAGAAAGCCGGCAGGGCACUCGGUCGAACCGGCAGCCGAUCUGCGGGCUAUGGACUCUCCAUCGGCGGACUCGAAGAAGACGGCCGUAAAGGCGCCAGGAAACAGAGGCCGAAGACUGGGUUGCGCCGUGACUGGAGUGAUGAUGAAGACUACGAUAUUCGUGGUCGGACGAGAGAAGAUGAAUACGACGAAGAGGACGAUUUCAUUGCUGCUAGCGACGAGGAGCCGGAGAUUGUGGAGGAUGAUGACGAUGACGAUGACGGGAUUAUAGAUACUCCGCGCGGGGAACGCGAGACGCAGAGUCCCAAGAGGAAUCGGGGCGGUGGUUAUGAUGAUGAGGAUGUGGUGACGAAUGUGAGGGCGAAGAGAAGGAGAGUCGUUGACGAUGAUGAGGAUGAGUAAACAGGAUUUGAGCAGUACUUUCUCCUCUCCUUACCUUCUUUCGAGGAACAUCAAUUGGUACGGAAUGAGCUUCUUUACAGCGUCCUUUGAAAAGAAAGGACGUAGGCUUUCUAAAAACUAGGCGUAGAUUGGGUAUUCAAGCAUAGCCUGGAGUUUUGCUUUAUUCAGACUGGCUGGUGUUUACUUUCAUGAGGCACAGCUUUUCUUCCAUAUACUUGGGGAUCUUUGAAAGCUGGAAGAUGCCAUGGGAUACUGUUGUAGAAUGGAAGAAAAUGAUAUUUGGCUGACUGUGUCGAGGAAUUACAAUUCACUAGUAGCGGAGAUUACAAUCCUCAAAGUAUUGUUGAAUC